GUCCCAUGGUGUCAUUAAAUUUACGGUUUUGCCACUCCACCUCUGUAUAAGUAUUCAUUCAAAUUGCAAAACACACAGACACACAUACACUCUAUCAUUAUAAUAUUAAUCAAAUAAAAAUAUCGAUACUGAAAAGGCUUCUUUUUUCUACUGAACUUUCUUCCGACUUCGUCUCCUACAAUCUCUCCGUCUCUCAAUUUCUACGCUUUCAACCGCAAUAUUGCAUCAUCUAUAUGGUGGUUUGAUCAGGGGUUUUUUUUAUUGAGUUGAGGAAUUGAAUUUGAUUGACGAAAUGAGAGUAAAGGAGAUGCAUCCGUUGUGUUGUAUAUCGCUGGAAAGUCCAUCGAUCGGGGACCAGUCGCCGGAACCGAGGAUGAAGUUGUCAAGGUCGUGUUCGGUGGCGGACAUGAGAUCCGACGGCAAUGCCGUUGGAUUGAGGAGGUCUGGAUCUGAAUCCUGUUCUGGCAGCACAAGCUUCGCCGGAGUGUUAUACAAAUGGACAAAUUACGGCAAAGGAUGGAGAUCGAGAUGGUUUUUGUUACGCAACGGCGUAAUUUCCUACUCGAAGAUCCUCCAACCAGAAACCCUCGCUGCCGGAGAAGACGUUAGGUUCAUCGGCGACGUGUCCUCCGGAAGACUUAAACGUCUCGAUAGAAGCGGUAGUAGCAGGCAUCAGAAACAUCAGAAAGCUGUUGGAAUCGUUCACCUCAAGCCUGGCUUUAUUUUGUGGUCACGACGACUGCUUCACCCAGUUUUUUUUUUCUUCGUCGCUUUAAACUUGGAUAAGAGUUUUCCUUGUCUUACAAGUCCCACUUCCUUUAGAUCUUGUCUUUUGGUUUCAUCAUUUCGAGAGAGCAGAUCAGAUGAUAGGCGAUUUUAUAUAUUCACAGCUACAAAGACACUCCAUCUCCGGACAAGUUCAAAGAAAGACAGAGUUGCCUGGAUUGAAUCUUUAGCCUCAACCAGAAGUCUAUUCACCCUACGAAGAUUAAAUUAUAAACCCUCUAUCCUACCACCUGACCUAUCAUUGUCAACUGAAAGAUUAAAGAAACGCUUGCUUGAAGAAGGAAUCAGUGAGGUGCUCAUCAAAGACUGUGAGCAGAUCAUGCUCUUGGAAUUUUCUGAAAUUAAAGGACAAGUUCAACUUCUUUGUGAAGAGCGUUCAAAUCUGCUCGACACCUUAAGGCAGUUGGAGGCUGCUAAUAUUGAAGGUGAAACAUCUGGAGUUCCUGAAGGUGACUAUCAAUUGACACAACAGGAAUUUACAGAUCGUGGAAAAUACAGUGAAUGGAGUACAACCGAAUCAUCACAAGAACUAGAGGAUCAGGGUUCAGAAGAUGAGGAGACUUGCUUCUUUGACACAAAAGAUUGUUUUCCUAGAGCUACUGAUGUAAUGGGUGAAGUGAUUAUUGAGAGGAGAAAGAAGCUUCCGGAUCCUUGUGAGAAAGAAAAGGGUGUGAGUCUGUGGUCCUUGAUUAAAGACAACGUUGGAAAGGAUCUGACACGUGUCUGUCUCCCUGUUUAUUUCAAUGAGCCAAUUUCAUCUCUACAAAAAUGCUUUGAGGAUCUGGAGUACUCUUACCUUCUAGAUCGUGCUUAUGAACAUGGAAACAGUCUUGAAAGAGUUUUAAAUGUUGCUGCUUUUGCUGUUUCUGGAUACGCUUCUUCAGAAGGACGACAUUGUAAACCUUUCAAUCCUUUGUUAGGGGAAACUUAUGAGGCUGAUUACCCUGAGAAAGGAGUCCGAUUCUUUUCUGAGAAGGUGAGUCAUCAUCCUACUCUCAUAGCUUGUCAUUCUCAAGGUAGAGGAUGGAAAUUUUGGGGGGACAGCAACAUCAGAACUAAAUUUUGGGGGAGAUCAAUUCAACUUGACCCUGUUGGCCUUCUUACCUUAGAAUUUGAUGAUGGUGAGGUUUUCCAGUGGAGCAAGGUUACAACCAGCAUUUAUAAUCUUAUUUUGGGUAAAGUAUACUGUGAUCAUCAUGGAAUGAUGCAUAUACGUGGUAAUAGAGAAUAUUCAUGCAAGCUCAAGUUCAAAGAACAGUCAAUUCUUGAAAGAAACCCACGCCAGGUACAUGGGUUUGUUGAAGAUGCUAACGGAAAAAAGCACGCAACAUUAUUUGGGAAAUGGGACGACAGCAUGUAUUACAUAAAUGGAAUUACAAAUGUGAAACCAAAGGAUAUGAGUGAUGCACAUCUAUUGUGGCAAAGGACACUGCCUCCUGUUAAUCUCACUCGAUACAAUCUAACAUCUUUUGCCAUCACAUUGAACGAGUUAACCCCAGGACUACAGGAGAAGCUUCCACCUACGGAUUCACGACUCAGGCCAGACCAACGACACCUUGAGAACGGUGAAUAUGACAUGGCAAAUUCAGAAAAGCUCCGUCUUGAGACCAGACAGAGAAUGUCACGAAAACUACAAGAAAAUGGAUGGAAACCGCGAUGGUUUAAAAAAGAGGGUGAAGACGGGACGUAUCGGUAUGUAGUGACGAUUCCAUCAACACAUCCUGAUUUAUCCCAAGGGAGAAAGGGAGGAGGUACAAAAUCCAUAUAUAUGUAUGUAUGUAUGUAUGUAUAAAACCCAAUUCUUCAAGAUUCUUAGUGUUUGCUGAAAGAAAAAAGAUAUAGAUAACAACAAUCUUCGGGUGGGUGGCGUAACGUUGGCACUUGGCACUAAAACUAGCUAGCUAGCUACUUAAUUUAGAUGUGUAUCUUUCGGGUU